AUGAGCGAAAAGGCAGCGAAAAAAAGUUUGCAAACAUUGAAAGACUGCAAACUCGUGGAAGACGUGAACUUCGCUGAACUGGAGAUCAUUAGAGGCCAAACACCCGACGAUAUCAACGACCGGUGCCUUCAGUUAUGCCAACAGUAUUUGUCGGGCAUUUGGUCCCAACAAACGGCCGACACUAUUCACGUCAGGCGACUGACCGGUGGUCUCACUAACCAGUUAUACCACUGCUCUCUCAAACACCAGUUAAGUAAUCCCGUUGUCGGCGCCGAUGACUGUGCGCCGCGAGAGGUGGCCAUCAGAUUGUAUGGCAGUAAAUAUGUCAACAUUGAUGGCACGGAUGGCAACGAACGGCUGACCGAUAUUAUCAUCGCUUUGUUGGCCUCCCGGAGCCGAUUGGGGCCCAAUAUAUACGGCCUCUUCGAGGGCGGAGAGAUUCUGGCCUAUUAUAAGCACCGUCCGUUUCACGUGUCAGAGCAACAAAACCCACGGCUAGUGUCGCAGGUAUUCACAAAGUUAGCCCGAUUUCACGCCAUGGAUGUGCCGGUGCGGCGGCGGCACCACUGGUUGGCCGACAUGUUUGACCGCUUCUACGAGAGGGCCGACACGACUCUCGGGAUCAAUACAAUGGCCAAAGAGUUAGAGUGCGAGACAUUCAUCGAGUAUGACAUCGGAGUGGAGAAGGACUGGAUUAAGGCGUUGAUCGCCCGCACAGACAGUCCGAUGGUCUUCACUCACAACGACUUCCGGAGCAGUAAUAUUAUGAUCGUUGACAACAAGGAUAUGAUGGACGGGGAGGUCGAGGGCGAGGACUCCGAUGGCCAGACAGUAGUGUUUUGCGACUUUGACGGCUCCGCCUAUGGCUAUAGGGGCCAGGAUUUGGGCUCAAUUUUCUUCGAGUGGGGCCGCACUUGGGAUUCAAUGAAAGACUUGCAUCAGUUCCCGGACGACGAGGUGAUCGCACCCGUCAUUGACGUGUAUAUCCGGGAAUCUGAACGAAUAUAUGGCCCAAAAUGGUCUCAAUUGGCGGCUAAUUCGGCGCAUCAGAUGCUUAAAGAGCUCAAGAGAUUUGUUUUAGUCAAUGCCUUGUUUACGAUAUUCACAAGUUUGAGGUGCGAUGAAAAACUGCACCAAACCCUACCCCUGGAUCCCAAAUUGAUUAUGCAAGCACCGACCACAAGGCCAAUGGCCAGUAUCGCUCCUGACAUGUAUAACUAUAGCGCCAACCAUCACAACUGUCCACACAAUUCCCAACAAUUGAGCCACAAUAAAAAUAAGCGCGACAAUAGUGACUUUCGUUACCACGAUGUCAAUGACUAA